CCUCCCCUUAAGGAACUUAUAAUUUCAUCACUUUAAGCUAAUACCUCUUGGGCUAAUCAUCAAUUACAGUUUAAAGUUUAUAAGCUAAAGCUCAUUCUUUCCCAACCAUGGAAGCAGCUUUUUCUUCAAACCAUCAUAAGCUUCCGCACAUGAAACUUUUUCUCAUCAUCAUACUUGCCUUCACUUGCCAAACAAGCACCAUCUCAGCCGCCAGAAGAUCACACAUCACAGCCCACUCAAGCGUUGAGUUCAUCAGAACAUCUUGCCGAGCAACUACUUAUCCCACCCUCUGUUUCAGUUCCCUCUCCACCCACGCAAGCUUAAUCCAAACAAGCCCUAAACUUCUCGCUCAUGCAGCCCUCAACGUCACCCUCGCCACCGCCAAGUCCACCUCCCUCGCCAUGCUCCGCCUGUCGAAAACCCACGGCCUGAGACCCAGAGAGGUGGCCGCCAUGACCGACUGCGUGGAGGAGCUGAGCGACGCGGUCGAUGAGCUCAGAAAGUCUAUUGAAGAGAUGGGUCAAAUGGGAAGAUCACGGUCGUCGUCUACAAAUUUUGGACUCAUGGUCAACGAUGUGCAGACUUGGGUUAGCGCUGCUUUGACCGAUGAGAGCACGUGUACGGAUGGAUUUCAAGGGAACGCCAUGAACGGUAAGAUGAAGGUUGAAGUGAGAGGGAGGAUUGUGAAUAUUGCUCACUUGACCAGCAAUGCCUUGGCGUUGAUCAACAGAUUCGCUUCUCUUAGUGGUUAAUUAAUCAAAUUUUACCAUCAUGGUAAAUGGUAAAAUUGGCUAUCAAAAUUUACCAGUUUACGUCAAUAGUUAAUUUCCCUCGUGUGCAAGGCGUGUGUGUGAUAAUUCCAGUUGAUGAUAUUACAUAUAUAUAUAUAUAUAUAUCAAUUUUUAAUGUUA